AUGCUGACCAGAUUUUCAAGAAGAUUAAUAGGUGCUCAUAAAUUUUCUCUUCCUGACAUAAAAACUCAUAAUAUUGACCCAAAACUUGUCCCUACAGAAGCAGAAUCCACAAAAGACGAACUAAUGAAAUAUUUGACUGAUAUGAUGACAAUUAGAAGGCUAGAAAUCCUUGCUGAUGACCUAUAUAAAAAUGAAAAAAUAAGAGGCUUUUGCCAUUUAAGUGAUGGACAAGAAGCCAUUGCAGUUGGCAUGGAAGCUGCAGUUACUUAUGAAGAUAGCCUAAUCACAGCAUAUAGAGACCAUGGAAAUGCUUAUAUGCGCGGGAUAAGUCUAGACCAUAUUUUUGCUGAGCUAUUCGGAAAAGCUUCUGGCUCAAGCAAAGGAAAAGGAGGCUCAAUGCAUUUUUAUCAUAAAGAGCACAGCUUUUAUGGAGGAAAUGGCAUUGUUGGAGCUCAAUGUGCAAUUGGGGCAGGCCUUGCAUUUGCUUUAAAAUACAAAAAGAAGCCAAAUGUCGCCUUAAUAUUAUUUGGAGAUGGAGCUUCUGCCCAAGGUCAAUUAUACGAAGCAUCUAACAUGGCUGAGCUAUGAAAAUUGCCAGCCAUUUUUGUAUGUGAAAAUAAUUUGUAUGGUAUGGGUACUCCUAUUGAAAAAGCCUCUGCAAAUUUAGAGCUUUAUACAAAAGGUCACCCAAGUCCUGGUAUUAAAAUUGAUGGUCAAAAUAUUUUAGCUGUCAGAGAAACUUUUCACUUUGCAAAAGAUUAUGCUUUAAAAAAUGGUCCAAUUUGGAUAGAAUGUGCAACAUAUAGAUAUCAUGGCCAUUCAAUGUCUGAUCCUGGAGUUUCUUAUAGAAAAAGAGACGAAAUCACAGCAGCAAGAGCAGCAAAAGACCCUAUACAGAAAGUAAAAGAUUGGCUUAUAGAAAAAAAUGAAGCAACUGAAGAGGAGCUUGAUAAGAUGGAAAAAAAUAUAAGGAAAAAAGUGCUAGAGAUCGCAAAUAAAGCAAAAGAGGAGCCUUGGCCAGAUCAUAAAGAGCUAUUUACAGAUGUUUAUGGUCCAGGAAGAAAAUAUUUUUAUAGGAAUAUUGAAUUUAAAAAUAGCACCAUGUUCUAA